CCUCUUUGCCCUCGGCAUGGUGGGUGUGGGUCGGUCUGUCUCACCUGUCACUCCAUCAGGCACCAAAUCAGUUUUGCAGUGUGAGGACUGGGGCGUGGCCAGUCAGGGCUCCGUGCGUGUGCUGGAUGGAGAGGCAGGCUGGUUGCGUUGUCCUCUCUUCUCCUACUCCACUGUCUAUAUCUACAGCUCUGCCCAGAGCAGCGGACUGAACCUGUUCUGGUACCGUCUGAGCCCGGGACAAGAGCUGGAACAGCCCAUUAAUCUUCAGCUACCCACCUACCACAAAGACCGAGAGUGGCUCUGGUUCCAGCCAGCCAACGCCCACGACGCAGGACAGUACACCUGCAUGCUCAGGAACAUUUCGUCCUGUGCGAAGAUUGCGGUGCAUUUGGAUGUUGUAUCUCGUGAGAGGACGGAGACGGGAGAGUGUGUUCCUGUCAGCGCGGUUCCACCCCAAAACGUCACCAUACCCCUGCAAGAGGAAGGAACGCUCACCUGUCCCGACCUGAGUACCAUCACCCUUCCCAGCAACACAUACAGAGUCAGCUGGUAUCACAGGUGUGGUCCUGUUGUCUUACAUAGCUCCUUGAGACGUGAGGUCAGGAAUAAUGACCUCGUCAUUCAUGCCAUGAUGGCAGUGUUUGAAGGGCUGUACACGUGUGUGGUCUCUUAUGAGAACAACGGCCGGACGCUGAAUUUCAGCAGAAUCAUCAACGUGAAGGCAGUGUCCAGUUCAAAACUCCCUAAAAUACCAGAGAUCCUAAACUUGGACAAAGACAACAUCUUCACAGUGAAGCUGGGGGAUGAGGUGGUGCUGAAGUGUCAGGUACUUUUGCCGUACCUUGACUCGGAAGGGGAGUCGCAGGUGUGGUGGACCAUUGACGGAAAAAAAGUGGAGGAACUCUCCGACUCGCGAUUUACCACCUCAACACGGGAGCUGUUAAACAGUUAUGGAAACCGGGAGAUGGAGUGUGAGCUGAAGGUGGCUGAUUUUUCCUCAGGCGACCUCUCUCGAGAGUUUAACUGCUCCGUCAGGAACAGCCGAGGGUUUGACAGUCGCAGGGCCAACCUCAAGAAAGAGGCUUAUAUUCCCUCUCUGGAGCUGGGUUGUGGUCUGGGGGUGACUCUCUUCCUCAUGCUGUUGAUGUUCAUCCUCUAUCACGUCUUCUGGCUGGAGCUGCUUCUGCUUUAUCGCUCCUGGUUUGGCACAGACGAGAGAACCACAGAUGAUAAGGAGUAUGAUGUGUACAUAUCCUACGCCCGGAACAGUGAGGAGGAGCAGUUUGUCUUGCUCACUCUGCGGACAGUUCUGGAAAAUGAGUUUGGAUACAGUGUGUGUAUCUUUGACAGAGACGGCCUGCCUGGGGGGACCAUAACAGAUGAGACACUGAGUUUCGUGGGCCGCAGUCGGAGGCUGAUUGUGGUGGUGAGUCCGAGCUGGGUCGUGCGGGGGACCCAGGCGUUGCUGGAGCUGAAGGCAGGACUGGACAGGAUGGUCUGGGGGGGGAACCUGAGGAUCAUUCUGGUCCAGUAUAAACCAGUACAGAAAGCUUACUGGGUGAAAGAGCUGCGCAGGGCUCGACUGGCGCUGACGCUGAUCAGGUGGAAGGGAGAGAAGUCGAGCGCGCUCUCAUCUCGUUUCUGGAAGCGUCUUCAGGUGGAGCUACCUGUCCACAGAGUCAGAGAGCUGAGGGACAGAGACCACUGUGCAGCCGUACCACUACACAAUGUAACUGAUGCUGUAUUCAGGUGUAUGCAGCGCAGUCGGAGAGUCUUAGUGGUCCUGAGUCCUGACUAUGUGACAGACAAGAGUCUCAGUCUUCUGGAGCUUCACGUCUGUCUGUACUUACGAAACCUUCAGACGCAGACCCACAUCGUCACCGUGCGUUACCGCUGCGUCCCUGGCCCCUGCGCCGAGGUGCAGCUGCUGAGACAGAACUCUACUCUCAUCCGCUGGAGGGAGCAGCGCUCCAAACGAGCCGGCUCGCGCUUCUGGAAGCUUCUGCGCUUGUCUCUGCCGGUCCGACCGCUGGCCUUGGGCCGACGGCUGAUUGACAGCACGUCCUCGCAUUCGGACCUCUCUGCAGUGGCACACCGUGCCCAGCAGGGCGGGGCCGCACACUGUAACACCUGCAAGGGGCAGGACAAAGGUUCGGGGGAUUACAGAGGUCACAGAAGUCGGGCUGGGAGGAAACAGUUGCCAGGACAACAGCAGAGUCAUAGUUGCAGGUUAUGUGUGAGCUUUACAGAACACCAAGGUGUAAUGGGUGUGGUUUUGGGCGGAGCCACACGACCCCAGUGGCAAACACACGUACAUCAGCCUGCAGCCAAUGGGAUGGCUCCCCUGUAUGCUAUGACCUCUGACCCCAGUGAAGGCAUUACUACUAACCACUGCCCAUGUGAUCAGUCCAGUGAUAAGUGCACCAACCAGCACAGUGCUGGGUCUCAGAGCGCUGCCACUGACUUAGCAGAAAUCCCCCAGUGA